CGCAAGCGUUAUGAGAUGCCUGGCAAAGGACUCGGAAAAAACGAAUCCGGCAUUGCAAAGGCAUUGAAACCGAAGCUUAAAUUUGAUACCGCUGGGGUUGGGCACAAGAUCGAUCUCACAUCCCAGUGGUGGAGCAAGGCAUUCAAUGAUGCAGCUAGGAGUAUCAAGGUUGAUGUCUCAGAUGGCACAACCAUUGUUACCAAAGCACCAAAGAAGAAGAAGAAGGCCUUGCCAAAGUACUCAUACAGUGGCUUCAUUAAGGCCGGGGUUCAGGAUGGAAACAGUUGGCUACAAGCCUCUCCUGAACUUGCAGAGCAGGAACCUGAUACAGAUGAGGAAUCACCAGAAAAUGUGCCGGAUGAGGAGCUCUUCAAGGCAUGUGGUGGCCUCACAGCUCACAAGGCUGCGAGGCAUGGCCAUAAGAUGAGUGGAAAGCUUAAACGUGUGCAAGAACAAGAAUAUGGGCUCUUGUGUGCAUUGAGCAGUGGCGGGGACAAGCCAUCAAGGAAACGACCAGCAGAGAUUACAGACAGCUGCCAAGUUCCAGAACUGCAUGACGGGAGUCCAGAGAAGUUGUCCACUCAGCAGCAGCAGCAGCUGUACCGACCAAAGAAGAAGUCUCGCAAACAUGAAAAAAGGAAGAGACGAUAUAGCAAUGAUGUAGGCUGAAAAGUAAAAAAAGAUUUUUUUUUACA